UUCAGGAAAAAGCGCCUGAACAUAUUUCUUUCUCUCGCUGGCUGGAAGAAACAGGACAGCCGCGUCCGUGCCAAGGAGAAGGCGUAGACUUCCUCCAAACAUUUCCUCCGCCAUCUCCGCUUUCGAGACUCAAAGUUUUGUGGAAUCUUUGUAACGAGAGGAGUUUUUAUAUCUUAUAUUCCUCUUCCUCCUCCUCCACCACCUGGUCGUUUCUUUCUUUGCCAUAAAACAACAGAGAGGAUUCCUCCAUCUGAACUUUUUUGCAGACAUGGACUGGGGAACGGAUCUUUGGGACCAGUAUGAUCACAUCGACAAGCAUACGCAGUCAGGGAUCGACCUGGUGGAGCGAUACAUAAAGUUUGUGAAGGAACGGACAGAGAUAGAGCAGGGCUACGCCAAACAACUCAGGAAUCUAACAAAGAAAUAUGCCAAACGAGGGAGCAAGGAAGAGCAAGACUGCAGAUUCAGCAAUCACGCAUCAUUUCAGGAGAUCCUGAACGAGCUGAACGACUACGCCGGCCAACGGGAGCUCAUUGCUGAAAACAUGAUCACUGCCAUUUGUGUCGAACUCACCAAAUACCUUCAGGAUCUGAAACAGGAACGCAAAACACACCUAUCUGAUGCCAAGAAGGCCCAGCAGAAUUUAGAGAGCAGCUUUAAACAACUAGAAAGUACUAAGAAGCGCUUUGCCAAGGAGUGGGCGGAGGCUGAAAAAGCCACACAACAAGCAGAGAAAAUAGAGAGCGACCUCAAUGCCACCAGACUCGAUGUCGAUAAAGCCAAGCAGCAUGCCCAUUCCCGCACACACACAGCAGAGGAGUGCAGGAGCGACUAUGCAGCACAGCUCCAGAAAUACAACAAGGAACAAAACUUCUUCUACUACUCGGAGAUACCGCAGAUCUUCAAUAAAAUGCAGGACAUGGAUGAGCGGAGGAUUCGGCGGAUGGCGGAGGGCUACUGCCAGUUUUCAGACAUCGAGAAGAAGGUGCUGCCCAUUAUCUCCAAGUGUCUAGAGGGAAUCUCUGCAGCAGGGGUGAAAAUUGAUCAGAAAAAGGACUCGAUAUUGUUCAUAGAGCAGCACAAGUCUGGUUUUGAGCGGCCUGCAGAUGUGGAGUUUGAGGACUACACCCAAGGAAUCAAACCAGCAACCUCUGACUCCAGCCUCAACCCACCCAAAGUGCGUGCUAAGCUCUGGCCUUUCAGCAAGAAGCACAAGCCCCCUGCUGCAGAAGAUUUCUCUCACCUUCCUCCGGAGCAGAGGAAGAAGAGGCUGCAGGGGAAGAUUGAUGAUAUCACUAAAGAUCUGCAGAAGGCGCAGGACCAAAGUGACGCACUGGAGAAGAUGAAGGGUGUGUAUGAGCAGACUCCACAGAUGGGAGACCCCUCCAGUCUGGAGCCGCAGAUCACAGAAACUGCCCAGAACAUAGGCCGUCUGAGGGGAGAGCUCGCCAAAUAUGAGACAUGGCUGGCAGAAGCCGUGGGAGGAGAGGAAUCUUCCAACACCAUCAACAACAAUACUCAACAUGGGAUUGUAGCAGCUGACCAGUCUCAGAACAUCUACACAGAUUUCGAAGACGAGUUCGACGACAUAGAAACUCCUGUUGGCCAGUGCACGGCUCUGUACACCUUUGAAGGCAACAGCGAGGGCACCAUUUCCAUUACGGAGGGAGAGCUGUUGAGUAUAAUGGAAGAGGAUAAAGGAGAUGGAUGGAUGAGAGUCCUUAGAGCCAGUGGAGAAGAGGGCUAUAUACCUUCAUCA